AUGGACUCCAACAUCUCCCAAGCCUUCCGAAAGGAACUCACCUGCUGCAUCUGCUUGAACUACCUUACAGACCCUGUCACCAUAGGCUGUGGGCACAGCUUCUGUAGGCCCUGUCUAUACAUUUCCUGGGAAGAAGCCAAAACUACCCGUUGUCCUCUAUGUGGGGAAACAUCAAAGAAGACAGACAUCAAAUCCAAUAUUCUUGUGAAGAAUCUGGUGUCCCUUGCUAGACAAGCCAGUCUCUGCCAGUUCCUGAGCUCUGAGGAUCAGAUGUGUGGGACACACAAGGAGACAAAGAAGAUGUUCUGUGAAGAGAGCAAGAACCUACUCUGUUUGCUCUGUUCUUCCUCUCAGGAGCACGAGGCUCACAGACACUGUUCCAUUGAAUACACUGUUGAGAAGUACCGGGAGAAGCUUUUAAAACAAAUGAGGUCUUUAUGGGAAAAGAUCCAAGAAAAUCAGAGAAAUCUAAACGAGGAGUGCAGAAUAAUCAACUUGUGGACGAAUUUGGAAGACACAUUGACAAGGAGUGAGUCCGUGCAACUGCACAUGCCCCAGCCUGUGAACCCAGCGCUCAGUGCCAGGCCCAUCACUGGACUGAUAGACAGGUUCAACCAAUUCCAAGUGAACAUUUCCUUGAAUUAUGAAACAAGCAGUCACGAUAUCAUGCUGUCUGAUGAUGUGAGAAGUUUGAUAUUUAGACAUGACCUUCAAGAGGUGCCUUUUCCAUCUGGAAGAUCCAACUACUUUGCUACAUGGGGAGACCAGGCCUUCACCUCUGGAAAACACUACUGGGAGAUGCAUGUGGACAGCUCUUGGGACUGGGCUAUAGGGGUCUGUAAGGAUACUUGGCUAAGGAAGAACUGCUCAGUGAUUGAAUCUGGGGACACAUUUCUUCUUUUAUGUGUGAAGGGGGAUAAUGGUUACCAUCUUUUCACCACCUCCCCAGUGCUUUCUCAGUACAUAGAGAAACCUCUGUGGAAGGUUGGUGUGUUUGUUGAUUUUAACAGUGGAAGUGUGAGUUUUGUUAAUGUUGCCAAAAAUUCCCUCAUAUGGGAAUACCCCCCUUACUCCUUCAAUUACUCGCUCCGGCCUUUUUUUUGCACUGGCCACACAUGAUCGUGGAGAAGUGAGGAACUUGGGAACUCUAUAUCUGAAGGAGCCCACACACGAUCAUGGAGAAGUGAGGAACUUGGGAACUCCAUAUCUGAAGGAGCCCAUCUCAGCUGAAGCUGAUCAGUCAUACUUUACUCUCCCUUAGGUUGUUCCAUUUUAAUGUAACUUUGUUUUAUCAUUGGUAAAAAUAAAGCUGGUGUGGCAAUGCAAAAUUUGUUGGCUUAAUUGUCUUUCAAUUAAAAUCAAGUCCUGUGGUGCUUUUCCUGAAAGACAUACUCUUUUUAUUCACCUCAUUUGUGAGUUGGCUAGAGUUACAAGAGUAUAUGACUGUGGGAUUCCAUCUUAACAGUUAAAUGCAGGAACACAGAGUGUUUGCAUCAUAAAGAAACUUGGUUAUCUGCAGUGCAAAUGUCAGUCUGAAAUAUUCUACUCCCUCAUCAUGAUCUAGUAAAAUCAUACUCAACAAUUCACCCUUGUUGGUGUUAGGUGUCAGGAAGUCGACUCUGACUCAUAGCAACCCUGUGUACAACAGAAGGAAGCACUGCCCAGUCAUGUGCCACUUCACAGUCUUUGCUGUGCUUGAGCCCAUUGUUGCAGCCACAGUGUCAAUCCAUCUCCUUUAGGGUCAUACUUUUUUUCAUUGACCUUUCACUUUACCAAGCACGAUGUCCCUCUCUAGAGGCUGAUCCCUCCUGAUAACUUGUCCAAACUGCUUGAGACAAAGCCUCACCAUCCUUGCUUCUAGGGAGCAUUCUUGUACUUCUUUCAAGACAGAUUUGUUCUUUCUUCUGGCAGUCAAUGAUAUGUUCAAUGUUUUUCUCCAACGACAUAAUUCAAAGUCGCCAAUUCUUAUUUGGUAUUCCUUACUCAUUGUCCAGGUUUCACAUGCAUAUGAGGCGACUGAAAAUACUGUGGCUUGUGUCAG